AUCAGGUGAAAGGUUCGUAAGGAGACCAUAAAUACUUGGUCUCCGUUCCUGAAUGCAAAGGUCGCUUUGCAUGACAACAUUGAGCUGAAUGUAAGAGUACAAGUGGAUCUAGAACUGAAAGUCAUUCUCUAGAAUGACCAACUGCUGAAUGUGAGAAAGGAGUUCCUCCAAACCUCAUGGGGUGACCGCAGAAGACACCUCUCUCCUCUUCCACCAUUACAGCAGGUUUCUUGGUUUUGCAGCUAGAUUGAUAUCCAGGCCACCAUGGAUAGUGAAUAUGAAAAGGAUCACAUCAAGAAGCUGCAGGAGCAGCGUAUGUUCAUGCAAAAGAAAACCUUCACCAACUGGAUGAACAAUGUCUUCUUCAGGAAUAACGUAAAUGUUGAGAUAGAAAAUAUUUACACAGACCUCAAGGAUGGCAUCUAUCUCAUGCAACUCCUGGAGUUGCUUUCUGGAGAAUCUUUGCCCAGACCAAACCGGGGAAAGAUGAGAGUGCAUUUUCUAGAGAACAACAGCAAAGCCAUUACAUUUCUGAAAUCUAAGGUACAAGUGAAAGUAAUCGGUCCUGAGAAUAUUGUAGAUGGUGACAGAACCUUAAUCCUGGGACUCAUCUGGAUCAUUAUACUUCGAUUUCAGAUUUCAUCUAUCAGACUUGAUAAGGAAGAAUUUGGAGGCAGAGCUGAUCAUCUAUUUGCCAAUGAAGCCUUACUAAUCUGGUGUCAGCAUAAAACUGCCAGCUAUCCCAAUGUAAAUGUGAAGGACUUCUCUAAAAGCUGGAGUGAUGGGUUGGCCUUCAAUGCACUCAUUCAUGCCCACAGGCCUGAUCUUAUCCAGUAUAGCUCUCUGCGGCAGGACCAACCCAUCAAAAACCUGAACAAUGCCUUCAACGUUGCUGAGAAAGUGCUAGGGAUCAGCAAACUGCUUGAUGCUGAGGACGUGGCAGUACCCUAUCCAGAUGAGAGAUCCAUCAUGACUUACGUGUCACUCUAUUACCACUACUUCUCCAGAAUGAAACAAGGCCAGACAAUCCAAAAGCGACUUGCCAAAAUCGUGUUCCUCCUGAAGGAGAUAGAUGACUUGAAGCUUCUGUAUGAGCAGAUGGUCUCUGACCUCCUGAAAUGGAUUAAACAGAAGGUGAUUGAGCUGGAUGACCGUCGUUUCCCCAACUCUCUUCAGGAAAUGUGGCUGCUCAUGGCCAACUUCAAGACCUUCCGCACUGUGGAGAAACCCCCCAAAUAUCAAGAGAAGGGCAUGAUUGAAGCUCAUCUCUUCAACAUCAGGACCAAGCAGAGAGCCAACAACCAACGACCAUACCUGCCCCCAGAGGGGAGGACACUGCAGGAUGUGGAAAAGCACUGGAUUAUCCUGGAAAAGGCAGAGCACAGCCGGGGAAAAGCACUGCAGAAGGAGAUGCUGAGGCUAGAGAAGCUAGAACAGCUAGCCCAGAGGUUCCUGAAGAAAGCAGCCCUACGUGAGUCCUACUUGGAAGACAUGAGGAAAGUGAUUGGGAAGCAGGACUUCUGGCCGGAGAGUGCAGACAGGAUGGAAGCUGCCAGUAAGAAGCUGGAAGCCAUUGUGGCAGAUGUACUCCCCAGGAAGGAACGCUUCACAGCUUUGGCCGAAAUGGCCAGAGUCAUCAGCCAGGAGAACUAUCACAGCAAAGAUCAGAUCGUGAAGAAGCAAAGCAGCAUUUCAAAGCAAUGGCAGGAUCUUCUGGAUCAGCUGCAAAAACGACAACACUCCCUGAAUACAAUGCAGGAGAUUCUGGGCCUUCUGAGGGACAUCGAUGCUAUUACAGAAGAGCUGAAGGAGCUGCAGGCACUGGUGAAUUCCCAGGAUUGUGGGAAGCAACUUCUAGAAGUAGUAGAUUUGCUGCAAAAGCACAAUUUGGUUGACUCACAGAUCUCUUCCUAUGAUGACAGACUGACACACAUCACUCAAAGGACAGCAGAAAUCAGCAAGGACAGCACAGUUAAACCAGAAGUGCUUUAUGCAAAAGUUCAGAUGCUUCGUCAGCUGUAUCAGAACCUUAUAGCUCUGAGCAAAACACGAAAAUCUCAGCUAGAAGAGGCUUUGAAGCUAUUUGAAUUCUUCCGUGACUGCAAAGAGGAAGAAUCAUGGAUCUCUGAGAAAUGGAAGCUAGCAAGAACAACAACAUUAGGGAAAGAUGUCAGCCAGAUUACAGCUUCUAUUCAGAAGCACAAGGCUCUCGAAGCAGAAUGCAACUCCCACAGGGCCAUUUGCGCAGAUGUGAUGAGGAGGGGCUGGGAGCUGAGCCAGAAGAAUCCUGCACGUGAGGAUGACAUCCUGAGACAGACAGACAACCUCCAAAAGUUGUGGCAGCAGCUCCAAGAUGAGGUGGCUAAUCGCAAAAGCCGCCUGCAGGCAGCAGCUCUCAUCAAACAGUACUUUGCUGACAUUGAUGAAUCAAAUUCAUGGUUGCGAGAAAGGCAACCCCUUCUGGCCAGCAAGGACUAUGGAAAAGACGAAUCGAGUGCUGAAGCACUGCUGCAUCGUCACUUGCGCCUGGAAAAGGAGAUUACAGCCUAUUCCACAGAGAUGAGACGUCUGAAAGAGCAGGCUGAUAUCGCAGCAAAGCAAGCGCCAGCUGCUAUGGUUAAGACGGAAGCCCCAAGUGACUUGAAUCAAAAGACAACAAAGCUACCAUUCAGUCGAACCUGGGCUACAUCUGAAACUGCAUUUCCUGGAAGCUCCAGUACAGAUGUUCAUUUUGUUCCAGAGAACAUCUGGAAGACCCAAGAUGAAAUAGACUUACUUUAUGAAAAUCUACAGAGCAUGGCUGAGGACAGGAAAAAGGCUCUGGAGGAGAUGAUCGGAUAUUACCGCUUCUGUAGCUCCUGCGAAGCAUUUCAGUCAUGGAUGAAAGAAAAAGAGAACAUUUUUCGGACUCUUCAGCCUCAAGCAGACAAUGUAGAAGUCGUGCAACAGAAAUAUCAGAGUUUCUUAACAGAACUGGCUGCAGGGAAAGGUCAACUGGGAGAAAUUGAAAAUUUAGCUGUUAAAUAUGGAAAGAGCAGUCCUGGCAAAUGUGCUGAAAUCCAGAUUUGGUUGGAAGAGAUCAAUAACAGGUGGGAACGCAUGGAAUUGCUGAAGGAGGAGAAGGGAUCAGAACUGAUUGGAGUGGCUGAUGUGAAGACCUUUCUUCAGGACUGUCAGGGCAUUGGAGUACUACUACAAAACAAGAUGGUACAGCUCAGGGAUCUGGAACCAGGGAACUCACCUGCUGGGCUGGAGUCAAACAAGCGCAAACUGUCUGCAGUUGAGAGAGAGGUCCUGGUGAUGGAGAGGAAAAUUGAAUACUUGAGGAGUGUUGCAAAAUCCAUUAAAGACACCAACCCUGCGGAGAGCAAGGCCAUCACGGAGCAGGUGGAGAACAUGGAGAGGCUUUUGACAAAGCUCAAGUUGGAGACCCAAAAGAAGCGGGACGUUCUGCAGCAGGCUCAAAAUCAACAGUCUUUCCUGCAAGAGAGCCGCAGGCUCCUGCUGUGGGGAGAAGGCAUCAGGGAGAAACUGAGCAGUGAAGAAAUGGGCGUGGAUGUGGCUUCUGCAGAGCAAUUGCUGAGGGAACAUCAGGACCUUCUGAAAGAAAUUAGGUCUCAGAAGGAAAGAUUUGUGCAGCUAGAAGAGCUUGGGCGCAAAGUAAUCCAUGAACAACCCAGUAACAGCAGGACCAAAGAUGUCCUACAGUACAUGGAGAGGCUUGCCCAGGAGAACAAAGAGCUGGAAAAGAUGUGGGAGCAGCGACAGAAAAAGCUGCAGGAUGGCCUGGAAUUGCAGAAGUUCAACAGGGAAGGAGACCGUAUCAAUGCUGCCCUCUCUAGCCAUGAGGCCUUUCUCCGGGGAGAUGACCUUGGGGACCAUGUAGAUGCUGUUCGGAGCCUGCUGAAACAACAUCGUGAAUUUGAACAAGUGCUAAUGGUGCUGAAGAGACGAGUUGAAGCACUUAAUGAAAAUGGGGUGAACCUAAUAGAAAGCAGGCACUUUGCAUCUCACGCUAUCGAAGAGAGAAUGGCUACACUCCGGCGAAGAUGGGAACAGUUGGUACACAGCAAUGCUGAGAGAAAACAGAGGCUGUUGGAUUCCCUGCAACUGCAGGAGUUUAAUCGUGAUGCUGCUGAGCUUUUGAUAUGGAUGGAAGAGAAGUACAAGAUUGCAUCAGACGAAUCAUAUCGUGAUCCAACAAAUGUGUUACGCAAACUGAAGUGGCAUGAGGCUGCUGAGAAGGAAAUGAUGGCUAAUGAGAAGCAUUUUGCAACACUAAUAAAGAAAGGAAAUCAGAUGAUUCAAGAUGGCCAUUAUGCUGCAGUUUCUAUACAGAACAAGAUGUCAGAGCUACAAAAGAAGUGGAAGGAACUAUAUGGCAAGAUGAUAGAGCGAGGUGACAAGCUGAGACAAGCUGGGCAGCAAGAACAGCUCAUGGAACUGCUCCAGGAUGCCAAAAAGAAGAUAGAGAAAAUUGAGAAGGUUCUUCAGGAAUCAGAGACAGGCCACGAUCUGCGCUCCAGCCGUGAUCUACUCAAGCAGCACAGGCAGCUAGAAAAUGAGACACGUGAGCUGGCAGAGAAAAUGAACUCCAUUGUGUCUCAUGCGAGGAAAAUGGCCACCAAUCACUUUGACUCCCAGAGGAUUCUGGAGGAAACACAGAAAUACCUGAAAAGGUUUGAGUCUUUACAAGCACCUCUUGAUGAGAGACGUAAGUUGCUGGAAGCUGCAGUGGAUCUUUACGAGUUCUACCAUUACCAUGACAUGGAGAUGAAUUGGAUUAAUGAGCGUUUGCCUAUUGCCCAUUCUACCAACUGUGGGAAAUCUUUGGAUGUUGCUCAAAGCCUGUUGCAAAAAACACAAGGAGAGCCUAAAACAUGGGAAGGAGAAAGGGUAGAAUCAGGCCAGAGCACUGGGCCAAGGACUUUGGAAUUGCAGGCAGAAGUGAAUGCUCACAAGCAGCAAGUCCAGCGGGUCCUGGAUAAAGGAAGGACAAUGAUUGUGGGCCAGCAUCCAUCAGCUCAGAAAAUAAAUGAGAAAUGCCAGGAACUUGUGACUGCCUGGCAGGGCCUGGAGAAGGCCUGUGAAGAAAGGAUGAAGCAGCUGCAGCACUCAGUUGGCUUCCAGGAGUUUCUAAUGAAUACUUCAGACCUGGAGACUUGGAUAGCAGAAAAACGUCCACUUGUGACCAGCAAGGACUAUGGUAAGGAUGAAGAUGGAACACUGAAACUCCUCAAGAAAAAUAAGGCACUGCAGCAUGAGAUUGCUGUUUACCAAAACCUGCUGAAAGAGCUAAGUGAAAGUGCCCAAAAUCUUCCUCUUGUGGGCUCUAUCCAGUAUGUUGAGGUUGAUGCACCAAAGCAACAAGUUCACGCAAGACUGCAGGAGUUGCAGGAACUAGCAGCAGCAAGAGGGAAGAAGCUGGAUGAGACUCUUGUCUUGCAUGAGUUCCUACGGGAAUAUGAAGAUCUGCAGGACUGGAUCACUCAGCAGAAACAAGCAGCAAGCUCUGAAGACUAUGGAAAUGAUUAUGAGCAUGUCUUGCAACUUUGUGCCAAAUAUAACACAUUCCAACACCAAUUGGAAGCAGCUGGGAAAAGAGUUGUGACUUGCCAGCAGCUGGCAGAAAGCUUGCUAAACUCUGGGCAUUCUGAGUCCCGUGAAAUCCGUCAGAAGCAGAAAGAACUAAGGAAAUCCUGGGAGGAGCUGUUGGAAAUUACCAGAUUACGAGGUGAGCGGCUGAAAGAUGCCGAGGUGAUUCACAAGUGUUACCAAGAUCUGAGAGAUGCUCUGGCCCAUAUUGAGGAGAAGUCCAAAAGUAUUCCAGAUGGUAUUGCAAAGGACAUGAGGGGUGUGCAAACCCAGCUUCGGAACCAUGUGGCACUGGAGCAUGAGCUCCUUGGGAAUGAACAGCAGCUGCAGGAACUGAUCCAUUCUGCAGAUCAUGUGCUGACCCGUUGCUCAAAGAAGCAGGUAGCAGACCUGAAGGCAAAGCAGCAGGCAAUAGUGACCAACUGGAAGGCUCUGAAAUCUAAAGUGGAACUGCGUAAGAAACUUCUGGAAAAAGCACACAAGUUUUACCAAUUUCAGGCACUAGUGUGGGACUAUUUCUCAUGGACAGCAGAAAUAAUAAGGGAAAUGAGAGCCAAGGAGACUAUUCGGGACCUAUCUACUAGCAGUCUGAGACUUACCCAGCAUCAACAGCUACUGUCAGAGAUUGAAGCACGAGAAGAGAAGUAUAAUCAUGUUGUACAGCUAGGACAGUCACUCUUGCAGGAUGAGGAAAUAGGAUCAAAAGAGAUUCAGCAGAAACUACAGUCUCUGUUGGAAGAGAAGGAGAAUGUAUACAGUGAGUGGAAAAAGAAGAAGAAGUGGCUGGAGAAAGUACAUCAAGAACAAAUGUUCUACAAGGAUUGGAAUCACCUGGACAAGCUUCUGAACUCACAAGAGGUUUAUUUGAAAAGCAGUGACCUUGGAAGCUCUGUAGAUGAAGUAGAGCAACUGAUUAGAAAACAUGAGGCUUUCGAGAAGCUACUGGCAUCACAGGAUGAGAAGAUUAUGUCUCUUCAAGAACAGGCAAGCAGGCUAGAAAAGGAUGGUGGACUGGAUGGGCUACAGAUACGGCACAAACUAAACACCAUUCUUGUGAGGAAGCAGCAGAUCAAGGAUCUCUCCCAGAGCAGGAGAGACAAGCUGCAGACUGCUCUUCUUCUAGCACUUUUCUACCAGAACUUGGCAGAGGCAGAAAACUGGAUCAGUGAGCGCAUGCAGAAACUAGAGGAUCCUUCCAUACAAGACCCCAGCAAUCUGCAGGACAAAAUGAAGCUGCUGCAGAAACAUCAAGUCUUUGAGGCAGAGAUUCUAGCGAAUGAAGAAAUCAUCACAGCUGUUAAUAAGAAAGGAGAAGCCCUGGUAUCAAAAGGCCACCCAAAAUCAGGGGAGAUCCGUCACCAAGUCCGCAUGCUUCAGGAGCGCUGGGAGAAGUUAAAGAGAGCUGUUGCUGCCCGUGGAAAGAUGCUGGAGGAUAGCCGGGAUUUCCUGGAAUUUCUCCAGAAAGUGAACCAGGUGGAAGCCUGGAUCAGGGAGAAGGAAGUCAUGAUUAACAUAGGUGAUGUGGGAAAUGACUAUGAGCACUGCCUUCAGCUCAUGAAAAAGCUGAAUGAGUUCCGUGGAGCAACAUCAGGGGAGACAACAGUAGAUGAUGCUCACAUCAAGGCUAUCAAUGCCCUGGCCAUGAAACUGGAGAGACAAAACAAGGAAGAGACAAGGACAAUAUAUCAGCGCCGGAAGCAGCUCAAUGAAAAGUGGAACAGUUUCCGUGGUAACCUGAAUGCAUACAGGAAGAAGUUAGAGGGAGCCCUAGAGAUUCAUGCCUUAAUCAGAGAAAUUGAUGAUAUCACAGAGAGAAUUACUGAGAAGAGUGUACUGAUACAAGCACUGGAUUAUGGGAAAGAUGUAGAAAGUGUGGAAAACCUUAUUCGAAGACAUGAAGAGAUGGAGAGGGAAAUCAACGUUAUUAAGUCCAAAAUGGAGCCAUUGGAAUUGGAAUCUUUCCGCCUUUCCACAAGGAAUCCAUCCAUAAAUGACAAACUGACUAUGAAGCAACAGGAGAUGAAAAACAACUGGCUGCGACUCCAGGGACAGGCCAGACAAAGGAAGGAGAAGCUGGCGGCCUCGUAUCAAUUGCAGAAGUUUAACUUUGAGAUGAAGGAAAUGCUAGAUUGGGUCCAAAACACCAGAGGUUUAAUGGAAACAGGAGGACUCCCUAAAAGUCUAAAUGAUGUUGAAAGCAUGAUUGAGGAGCAUCAGCAGAGAAAGGAGGAGAUUGAAGCACGAGUGGAAAGAUUCAACUCUCUCAGUAACUAUGGUCAACAACUUGCCAAUUCUGAUCACUAUGCAACCCCUGAGAUUCACCAGUCCCUUUCCAGACUACAGCAAGCCUGGUCUGAACUGAUCAAAGCAUGGCAGGAGCAACAUAUAAAACUGUUUCAGGCACAAGAUUUACAGAAAUUCUAUGGCUAUGUGGAACAGACUGAGAGCUGGCUCAGCAGCAAAGAGGCUUUCCUAGCCAAUGAAGACUUAGGGGACUCAUUGUCUAGUGUGGAGAGCCUACAGCGGAAACACAUGCAGUUUGAAAAAUCCCUGGAAGCUCAGAUGGAGAAAAUUGAUGAGAUGGCUUCGUUUGCUCAGCAGCUAAUUCAGAACAAGCAUUAUGACUCAGACAACAUCACCAACAGAUGCCAGGCUGUUCUGAGGAGAAAAGAGAAAUUGCUGGAGAAUGCUGCUGCUCGCAGACAUCUGCUAGAGGAAUCAAGGCUUCUGCAGAAGUUGCUGAAGAAUUCCUAUGAGGUGGCUGCCUGGAUCAAUGAGAAGAACAGCAUUGCCCAGGAUGAUAGCUGGAAGGAUCCAAGCAAUCUACAGACCAAACUUCAGAAGCACCAGGCUUUCCAAGCAGAGAUUAUGGCCAAUAGGAAUCGCCUGGACUCCAUCAAAUCUGAAGGGGAGAAGAUGCUCCGUGAGAAGCACUAUGCCCCUGAGGCUAUUCAGUCUAGGCUACAAGAAAUGGAAGAGCUAUGGGAGGAACUGCUAGCGAGCUGCCAAGAGAAACGGGCCAAGCUGCAGGAUACAUACAAGGCCCUUCAUUUUCAGCGGAGUGUAGAGGAUGUGGAAAAAUGGUUGGAAGAUGUGGAAAAUGAGUUGAAAGCACCAUAUAGUAGCAAUGAUCUGGUGGUUCUGAACAGUCAUCUGAAGAAACAAGAGGAACUGGAGGAAGACAUUAUUGGCCAUAGGGACCGACUGCAAGAACUUGUGAACACAGCUCAGGAGUUCCAGCAGCAGAAGCAUUUCCUUGCUGAUGAGCUAGAAAAUAGAGUGGAUUUGCUGGUGCAGAGAUACAAAAGUCUACGUGAUCCUCUGCAGGAGAGACGUGGGAAUUUGGAGGCAAGCAGACUUCAAUACCAGUUCUUCCGAGAUGUUGAUGAGGAGUUAGCUUGGGUUCAUGAGAAACUCCCCAUGGCAUCCUCCAAGGAUUAUGGCCAAUCCCUAGCAACUGUCCAGAGUCUACAGGAAAAGCACCAGAAUUUAGAGAAUGAGAUAAGCAGUCGGGAUGCUUUGACCAAAGCAGUGCUCAGUACAGGGCAGAAUCUGGUGAGGGGAGGCCACUCAGCCUCUCACAAGAUUAUGGAGCAUAUGAAGGAGCUUGAGACUUCUGUAGAAAACUUGAAGGCAGAGGCUCGAGAGAGGAGACAACGGCUCAUGCAGUCAUAUGAGGCUCAUCGGUUCCUGACUGAGCUACUGGAGGUGGAGGCCUGGCUGGCAGAGAGGACCUUCAUUCUGGAGACCUCUGAUUAUGGAAAGAAUGAAGAAUCCACCCAAGCUUUACUUCGUAAACUUGAAGCCACCAAGCUAGACAUGGAGGGUUUCAGGCCCCGGAUUGAGAAAGUGCAGGAGACAGGUGCUAGCUUAAUAAACAGAGACAACCCAGAGAGUCCAGCCAUACUUUCAAAGCUCCAGAGGAUUCUAGCAGACUAUCAGUCUCUCCUACAGAAGGCUGAGACCCAGAGAAAAUGCCUGCAAGAACAAUUCCAGCUGUAUCAGUUUGAAAGAGAAUUCCAGUUGGUGGAUGCCUGGCUUUCCAGUAAACAGACUAUAGCAGAGUCCGAUGACUAUGGGCAGGAUUUAGAUGGUGUUGAGGUGCUGGAGAAGAAGUUUAAAGAUUUUGUAAAUGAGGUGAAACCUCUGGGACAUUCCAAAGUUCUCUCCAUAAAUGAUUUAGCAUCUAAACUAGAGAAGGAUGGCCACAGCAAGACAGACAUUAUACAGAAGAGAACAAAGCAAAUCAAUGAGAUGUGGGAGAAACUAUGCCAUGCCAUUCAGACAAGGACAGAGCAUCUAAGAGCAGCCCAGCAAGUUCACCAGUAUGAUCACGAUGUAGAUGAAGUAAAAGGCUGGAUGCAGGAGAAGGAGGCAGUGGUGGACAUAGAUGAUUAUGGAUAUGAUCUUCCAGGUGUACAAACACUUCUCAGCCAGCUUGAGGGAGUCGAGAGAGAUCUAGGAGCCAUCAUGAAAGAGCUGGAACGGAUUCGGGGAGAGGCUUGGCACCUCAGCCGCACGUACCCUCAACUCAAGGAAAACAUUAUGGAGAGACUCACAGAAGUGGAUGAGUGCUGGGAAAACCUGGACAAGAAGUUUCUGGAGAGAAAGGCAAGACUGAGCCAGGCAGAACAAGUCCAGCUGUACUUCAGUGACUGCAGGGAGCUGAUGGCUUGGGCCAAUGAGAUGCAUGCAUUAGUAAUAUCUGAGGAACUAGCAAAUGAUGUCCUGGGAGCUGAACUGCUUAUCAAGCGUCAUGAGGAAUACAAGCGUGAGAUAGAGAAGCAGUGGCUAAAAUAUGAAGAAAUGCAGCGGGCAGGAGAUGACCUGAUGAAGAAUGGACAUUUCAUGUCUGUGGAGAUUGAAGAAAAACUGCUAGAGCUGUCAGAGCUGAUGAAGAAGGUAAAGGAGAGCUGGAACAUGAGGAAAGAGUUGUAUGAAGAAAACUGGGAGAUUCAAUUGCUCCGCAGAGAGCUAGAACAAGCAGAAGCAUGGCUGACUGCCAAGGAGAGCUUUCUUUCAGAUCCUAGCUAUGGGGAUUCUGUGUCUGAAGUAGAGGAACUAUUGAAGAAACACCAUGAUUUUGAGAAGAUGCUUGCAGCUCAGGAGGAGAAAUUUGCUCAGCUCAGCAGGAAAACUAAGAGGGAGAUGAAUCUUCUGAAACAAACGGAUACAGAAGAGAGUGAGCAGAAAGAUAAAAGCAAAAUUGUACGGGUUCCCUCUCUGAAGAGGAAAACAUCUGACAAAAGGAAUCCACCACCAAAAGUGAUAGAGAUGAGGAGCACAAAGCAACUGCAACCUGUGCCCUUACCAGUCCAGUCCUGGAGGGCUCCACUUGAAACUAUUUUUUCCCCAGUUGAAAAGCCUCCAGGGGCAUUCCAACAAUUCACUGCUGGGGGAGUCCCUGAUGUGCUGAGCAGCAACAAAACAGAAGUGAAACCUGAGAGGAGACUCAGUGAGAUUAUCACUCCACCUACACCAAAGAUGGUGGUCCCACAAGCUACAUCUUUGGAAGGUUACAGUUCUUUAACCUCUCCUUUAUCUCCUACUCCCAUAAGCCAGCAACGCAGCAGUAGUCUGUCAGAAUCGUAUGCCACAGGCCUUUUAUCACCUCAAGAAAAGAGUGCGAAAGGCUCCUCCUUCUCCAGCCUGCAAACAAAAUUAGUGGCAACGCCACCUAAACCUGACCAAACGUCACUAGACAAAUCACCAAACUUACUGCUGUCUAGGUCCUCCUGGGAGACAGAGACUACGUCUUCGGUUUCUACAAGUCUCCAGCACAUGGAGGGAUUCCUAGAAAAGAGAGACCAGCUUCUUCCAGGAAGACAACAGCCAGGCUCAAGGUCUUGGAAAUCCUUCUAUGCAAAACUUGAUGGACUAAAGCUUGAUUUCUAUAAUGAUGAAGAAGAAGCAUCUAAGAAUAUAUCAGCGCUCCAGUCCCUCAGCAUUGCUGGUGCCAAAUGUGAGAGGCUGACAAAUUACAUCAGGAAAGAGAACACCUUCAUGUUACGGCUGAGAGAUGGGGCAGAGUAUUACGUUGCAGCACCUUCUCAGAUGCUGAUGGAAAACUGGCUGCAGUCACUACAGAAUAAUAUAGGACACAGAAACAGACCAGACUCCACAGUGAUGGUAAGGCCUUUUGCUCCAAGCACAGAGACCUCCCAGACAAGACUGUGGAACCUUCCAGACAGAGACUUUGCUGAAAGCCUAACCAGCAGAAGUGCACUCCUGAGGAGAACACCUUCUUUCAAAAUCAAACGGGAAAAAGAGUCUGCAGAAUUUUUCGGAGAUUUGAAGGAAGAUGGAACUGCAGUGACACAAGCCUCCACAACCACCCUGAGCCUAGAACAAAGUGGUAAUAAAACAAAGCUGCCUCCAACUUUAUGAGAACCUGGAAGAGAAAAAUGACAUUUGCCUCAAUGAAUACCAGACCCUUCACCAUUAUAUCGUAACUUCUGGAAAUGUAUUCAUAAGUUUUAAUUUAAUCACUACCCUUGGAACUUACUUUAAUUAUGUAUUAAAUCUGGUCAAGCUAUUAAACAUAAUUAAACACA